UUCUUUAAGGCGUUAAAACUUGACAAACACUUUGUUUUGAUCGGUUUAAUGCACUUAUCAAGACGUUUAGCCAUACUUUAAAAAGUGUCUGGAGUAUUUAUUCACUGAAGAGGUUAUUAGAAGUGAGAGCAAAGUGAACGGAAAUGAGCUUCUUAUUUGGCAAGUCGUCAAAGACUUUCAAGCCUAAGAAAAACAUCGCUGAGGGUUCCCGGCAGUAUGAGCUCCUGAAACAUGCUGAAGCCACGUUAGGAAGUGGCAACCUUCGGGCCGCUGUCAUGUUACCAGAAGGAGAGGAUCUUAACGAGUGGAUUGCUGUUAAUACUGUGGACUUCUUCAACCAAAUCAACAUGCUGUAUGGUACCAUCACUGAAUUCUGCACUGAGACAAAAUGUCCUGUCAUGUCUGCAGGGCCCAGGUUUGAGUAUCACUGGGCCGACGGCACCAACAUAAAGAAACCGGUCAAAUGCUCCGCCCCGAAAUACAUCGACUACUUGAUGACUUGGGUUCAAGACCAGCUGGAUGAUGAAACUCUGUUUCCUUCCAAAAUUGGUGUACCCUUCCCAAAAAACUUCAUGUCAGUGGCUAAAACCAUUCUGAAGCGUCUCUUCCGAGUUUAUGGCCAUAUCUACCACCAGCACUUCGACUCAGUCAUACAACUGCAGGAAGAGGCCCAUCUCAACACAUCCUUCAAGCAUUUCAUCUUCUUUGUGCAGGAAUUCAACCUGAUUGAUCGGCGAGAGCUGACUCCACUCCAGGAACUAAUCGAGAAACUAGGAACAAAGGACAGAUAAAAAAAUCAUUACAAACAACAGAAAUUGAAGAUAGUGUCGGUACCCUCUGUGGAUAGAUCGAUUUAACGUGGUGGGGUCUGGUAUUCUUAUAUUCUUAUGAAAGCUUUGGUCUUUUACUUCACAUCUAACACAAUGUACUUAUACAAUUUACAAAUUACAGCUAUAUAUUUGUCUACAUGUAACAAAAUUGUUAAAAUAAUUACUAAUUACUGAAAAUUUGUGUUUAAAAAUCAGUCAGUAAAUCGUUUAUUAAAUCUUUUUUUAAUUUUUAAAAAAUAAAAGAGGUAUAAAACAUGUGUCAGUAUUUAAUAAGGUAAAACUGCAAGUGUGUGGUAAAACAAAAUGACAUACACUUUGUGGCCAAAAGUAUGUGGACACCCUUCAUAUAGAUUGAAUUUAAAGUAAAGGUUAUAUAGGGUAACUGAAAUGCUUUCUCUUUCAGCAUGAUUAAGCCCAUGAACACAAACAAGGUCCAGUUUAUGUACAAAGCAGCUCGGGUUACCUACACACAGCCCUGGUCUCAGUCCAACUCAACACUUUUGGGAUGAUUUGAACUUGGAUUGUGAUACAGGCCUUCUCUCUUAACUCUAUGGACUGAAUGGGCACAAAUUCCAACAGACUUGCUCCAAAGGAAAGAGGGAGCAAUCCAGUACAAAUGCCCAUACAAAAUGGUUUUGGAAUAAAAUGUCCAACAAGCUCAUGGUCAGGCGUCCUGAUACUUUUGUCCAUGUAGUGUAUUUUAGCAAUGCACUGUGUACUUGUUUAUUUUCGACAUUUUUAUUAAAUGUAAUAAAUCGAAUGAGUUUAUUGGUUCUGUGUAAAAGCAUCAGUGUUUUUUGUACAUUUUCUUACAUUAUUUUUACAUUUUAAUGCUAAUCAACUAUUUUCUUUUUUAUUUUAUUUGUAUUUUUCAACACUUCAGCUGCUUCAAUCAAGCCAGGAUUUUGCUUGUUGUAUAUUGGGCUUUAUAACGUGACAUAUUUUUUUUAAGGGACUGCAGGCCGUUCAAGCGAGCACCUGCACUCUUUUCUGCAGAAUGUAACUUGAUGCUUACAGUUGUAACUGAUACAGUGCAAGCUUUGGGGAUAGAGGGCCUUGCUUAAGGGCCCAACCAUGAUGGAGCCUGAACCAGGGACCACUUAACUACUGAGCUACUGUCCUCUAGAUGGCAGCAUUCGUUGCUCCAAAAUGCCUAUGAACCUUUCAGCAUUAAUGGUGUUUAGCAAGUUACCCAUGCUGUUAGCAAUAAUACACCCCCCCAUACUAAGAAAAUACUGGCCUCAACUCCUAUUGAUAACAUGGUUGGUUCAUUGGUUCUUUUCCUCUUUUAUCAUAAUGUCUAAUCAAUCAUUGAUUUGUUUUAAGACUGCUAAAAGCUUGUUUUGCUAUUUUAGGCUUGGCUAAUUUUUAUAUCUGUAUUUUAAGAAAUUAAAAGGAAACCGGACUACCCAGAGAACACCUACAGGAUUAGACAGCAGGGGCUUUUAUUUUGAAAUGUAGACUCCACAUGCUUAGGCGCAACACGUUGUGUAAAGAAAGCAAGAAAAUUCAAAAUAAAAGUAUCUUUUCAUAA